AUGGCUUAUGGGUUAAGGAAAAGAAAACAGAAGGAUGUUGUUAUUGUAAGCUCUGGAAGUGAAGGAGAAUAUGAGAGUGAUCCUGAUUAUACCAGGACUAAGCCCCGAAGAAACAAGAAUUCUUGCAGAUCAAUUCAAGACAUGGACACUCAGAAGACCAAGAUUUUAUUCCCAGGGGUCGAUGGAAUUUCCACUGGACGAAAGAGGAGAGGUCUCACUCAAAGGAAAAGAGCUGAUAAUGGAAAGAAAGAAAAAACAACGAAAAGGAGAAAGUUAGGUUCUCGUUCAGUUCGAGGACCCAGUGCAUUCAGCAUACAAAAAAGAGCUGCAGAGAAAACAGUAUUAUCAUGGUUGAUGAACCAGGGAGAAGUCACUGAAAAUGACAGAAUUCAAUAUGUUAAAAAGAAGGUGUUAAGGGAAGGGAUAGCAAGAAGGGAUGGUGUGUGGUGUAGGUGUUGCAAUAAGCUUAUGACAGUGUGGGAAUUUGAGAUUCAUGCGGGAAGUAAUUUAAAAGUGCCAUAUGAGAAUAUAAAUGUGAUUCGAACCUGUAAGUCCCUCCUGAAUCACCUGAUUCAUCAAUGGAAUAAAAUGGAAGAAUCAGAUAGCUGCGAAUUUAAUCGUGUUGGGCCUAUACCUGGUGCAACUGAUGGUAAUGAUGAUGCUUGUCAGAUAUGUGUAGAUGGAGGGGACUUAAUUUGUUGUGAGAAAUGCCCCUCUACAUUCCAUCCAAGCUGUAUGAAAAUGGAGAGCAUACCACAAGGGGAUUGGUUAUGCCCUUACUGUGCGUGCAUCUUCUGUGAUGGUGGAAAAGGUGAUAUGCUAACAUGUUAUCAAUGCGAGAAGAAAUAUCACUGGGAGUGUUUUCUUCAAAGACAGGCUUUAGAUCUUAAUAUAGCUUGGCUCACUUUAUUUUGUGGGUCUCACUGCAAAGAGAUUCACGGGAAGCUUCACAGUCUACUUGGAGUAAAACACAAUCUAAAAGGAGGAUUUUCUUGGACGCUGCUCCGGCGGUUGGAUCCAUUUGAAAUUGAUGAUGAGCAUACAAGAAUGGAAUGCAACUCCAAAAUUGCAUUAGCAUUUGAGGUGCUGAAUGAGUGUUUUACGACCAACACCGAUCGGCAUACUGGAAUUAAUAUUUUACAAAGUGUGGUUUAUAAUAGAGGAUCAAAUUUGUCAAGACUGAAUUUUAAAGGCUUCUACACUCUAGUUCUAGAGAAGAAUGAUGCAAUCGUCUCAGCUGCAACUAUGAGGAUGCACAGAAAUGACUUGGCUGAGAUGCCUUUCAUUGGAACCCAAGAGCACUAUAGGGCUGUCAAGAAUGAUAUUUGAUGCUCUUGGAUACGUCUUUUCCUGCAUUGAGGUUAAACAUCUGGUCAUCCCAUCACUCCCGGAGCUUGCCAAUAUGUGGCAGGAGAAAUAUGGGUUUCGCCCCAUCGAUGAUGUGGUGAAGCAGAAGCUUAUCACCUACAAUACCGUCAUGUUUCCAUGCACAGUCAGGCUGCAAAAGACCUUUCUGGACACCUCAGCUAGUUCCUCCAGAACUAUGGACAUUGAUGCGAAUGAUGAGAACUGCAUAAAGCUGGCCCUUCUUGAUUUGAAUCUUGAUCCUCCAGAACCUGCAGACGAUGAGCUCGCAAAACCAGUGACAUGGAACGAGUAGAUCCAAUGCCAUAGAGCUUACAUUCUUGCCAUUGCAAGGAUGGUUUCUGGGGUUUUGAUUAGUGUCGUUGGUUAAGCAUUAGAUCAUAAAUGGAAGCUUGCAGGCUUAAUAAUGAACUUCCAAGUGUUCAUGUUUUAUGCUUUGAUCUUCUAAUAAGCUGGAAACUUUAUUCUCCCAGUAUUUUAAAGGAUGGGAAGUAGAAACUGAAGUGACUUAGAUCAUCCUUGCUUAAAUGUCUGUUAUCUUUGCUUCCUGUUUAUCUGUUUUCAUCUUCUAGAGUUUCAAGGUUGCAUGACUCUUUGUGAGUUUAUUUCCCGUUUGAACAUGUUUAGAAGUCCUUAGUUUGGUCUUAGCAA